AUGGGUGUUCAAGACGUUUUAUCAAGAAAAACCGGUGUCAUUGUUGGCGACGAUGUUCGUGCUUUGUUUAACUACGCCCAAACAAAGGGUUUUGCCAUUCCUGCCAUCAAUGUAACCUCCUCUUCCACUGUUGUUGCUGCUUUGGAAGCUGCCAGAGACAACAAUUCCCCCAUCAUUCUCCAAACCUCCCAGGGUGGUGCCGCCUACUUUGCCGGUAAAGGUGUCUCCAACAAGGACCAAUACGCCUCAAUCCAAGGCUCAAUUGCUGCUGCUCACUAUAUCAGGUCAAUUGCUCCUGCUUAUGGUAUCCCAGUUGUCUUGCACACUGACCACUGUGCUAAAAAAUUACUACCUUGGUACGAUGGUAUGAUCAAAGCUGAUGAAGAAUACUUUGCCAAAAACGGUGAACCAUUAUGGUCUUCUCAUAUGUUGGACUUGUCUGCUGAAGUUGAUGAAGAAAACAUUUCAACCUGUGUCAAGUACUUCACCAGAAUGGCUAAAAUGAACCAAUGGUUGGAAAUGGAAAUCGGUAUCACUGGUGGUGAGGAAGAUGGUGUCAAUAACGAGUCUGUUGACAAGGAAUCCCUCUACACCUCAUCUGAAACCGUUUACUCAGUCUACGAAGCUCUUGCUCCAAUCUCCCCAAACUUCUCCAUUGCUGCCGCCUUUGGUAACGUCCAUGGUGUCUACAAACCCGGUAACGUUGUCCUUAGACCUUCAAUCUUAGGUGAACACCAAUUGUACGCUAAAAAUCAAUUAUCCUCUGACAAAUCUUUCCCAUUAUACCUUGUCUUCCACGGUGGUUCGGGUUCUACUCAAGAAGAAUUUGAUAUUGCAAUCAAGAAUGGUGUGGUGAAAGUCAACCUUGACACUGACUGUCAAUACGCUUAUUUGGCUGGUAUUAGAGAUUACGUUCUCAACAAAAAAGACUACAUCUUGAAAAUGGUUGGUAAUCCAGAGGGCGACGACAAACCAAACAAGAAAUAUUUCGAUCCAAGAGUCUGGGUUAGAGAAGGUGAAAAGACAAUGACAAUAAGAGUCUCCCAAGCCUUGGAUAUCUUCCACACUAAAGACCAAUUAUAA